AUGGAACGCGUCCGUAGACUCUCCGGAGCCUUCCUCCAUGCCGUCGGCAAUGUCUUCUCCGAAGCUCACCCCUUCACCGAUGUCUCUCUCACUCCCGCUCAAGCCGAUGCUCUCAUCAAAUAUCAACGACGUCUUCCGCAUCCCUUGUAUCUCGGCGAGCGAGCUUUUAUGGUAACCGACAUUGUCGAUAUGGAAAGUUCCAGUGUGAAGAUCCAGAAAGCUCUUGUCAAACACGGUAUCAUAUUAGAAGCACCCACUGCUCUCGAGCCUGGGAUGUUGGCCCCGAGACACAGCGUGGAAGAUGAGCAUCCGGUCAAAACGGCCGCGAUUACCAAGAACUUCCCGCAUCAGCUUGCUUCUACGAGUCUUUCGAUCAGUGGUCAGAAAUUGGUCGUGGCACUCUUGUGUUUUUGGUUUGAGGAGUGGAAGAGGUAUUGUCGAUUGGAACGAGAAGAAAAAGAUCUCAAAGAACAGAUUGAGGUUGCGAGACGAGUAGACAAUACACGGGCGAUAAGUUUCUUUUCUUUGGAGUUGGAUAAGAUAUCGAGGAAGAAAAGAAUGUUGUGGAGUGAGAGAGAGGAAAAUCGGGAAGUGGUAGGAAGCUCGAGUAAUGUGUCUGGUCCUAGUGAAACGAGAGCUCGUGGGGAGGGGCUCGCUGGAAAUGCAAGUGAAGAUCAGUUGCCGAGUUAUGGGGAUUCGACGACGCAUGGCGUUACAAUUCAGCUUGCUACUGGAGGAGCAGCGAGAUGUUUGAAUAGUGGUGGAUUGGAUGAAUUACCUAGCUAUGGUGAUUUGAAUACGGAAAGUGGCACUACUAGCAAUGCUGGAGUCGAGGGGGCUUCUAGCAAUGCAGUUGAUGAGUCGCCGAAUAUUGAUGUCGUUAAUCAGUCAUCCAAAGAUCAUAGUUCAUGA